UUUCUGAGACAGAAACAAAGUGGAAAAGCCGACGGAAAGAGGGCUUUUGAAAGUGGGAGGAGACAGGGAGAUGCACAGGUGUGGCCCAGAUUGGAAAGAAGCAGUCGUUUCAGGAUAAACACAGAAGGGAAGUAAGGUGGAGCGCUGCUGGUUGCCCAGGCUCACAGCUAUUCAGGGACAGGUUGGACUGGUUUCCCCUGCUCUCGCUCAUUUAUACCAGCAGAGAGAGAGGAAGAAGUCCACCAGAUAAAGGGGCACAUGUAAAAGGGUUCUCUGUACAUUUCAACAUUUGGCCCAGAAAGGACUUUCAACAUGCCUGAGGAUGGAGAAUAUUUUGGAAAGAAUGGCGAGCCAAGAAAGUAUGACCCGACCUUUAAGGGCCCGAUCCAGAACAGGGGCUGCACAGACAUUGUGUGCUGCAUCCUCUUCAUUCUGGCCAUACUGGGUUAUAUUGCAGUGGGAAUACUCGCCUGGUCCCAGGGCGACCCUAGGAAGGUGAUCUAUCCCACAGACAGCCGAGGGCAGUUCUGUGGGCAGGCUGGCACCCCGCUUGAGAAGAAGCCACUGUUGUUCUACUUCAACAUCAUGAAGUGUGCCAGCCCCAUGGUGCUUCUGGAGUUCCAGUGUCCGACCACACAGAUGUGUGUGGAGAAGUGCCCUGAAAAGUUCAUGACAUUAGUCAAAGCCUACAGCAACAAUAAUGACUUUGACUACUAUAAGCAAUUCUGCAAGGAGGGCGCGACUAAUACUAUGGGAAUACCACAAAUCCUCAAGUUAGGUCUCUGUCCCGCCAUGCUGACCCCCAGCAGGCCCUUUACUCGGAGGUGUUUCCCAGCUUUGGGACAGAAAGGAGGGGUGAUAACUGUGGGAAACAACUCUCAAUUUGACGAUGGAAACGGAAAAAUGAGAGACGCUAAGGACCUUGUGGACGGAGUAAAGAAUGCCACUUUGGUUAUUGAGGCUCGUCAGGUGGUCAUGAAAAUCUUCGAGGAUUACACGCAGUCCUGGUACUGGAUCCUUAUUGGGUUGGUUAUUGCUAUGCUCACCAGCCUGCUCUUCAUUGUCCUCCUGCGCUUCCUGGCAGGGAUCAUGGUCUGGGUCAUGAUCGUCAUGGUGAUACUGGUCAUAGGAUAUGGUAUCUUCCACUGCUACAUGGAGUAUGCUUCCCUGAAAGAAGAACCAGGCGCUAAUGUGACUCUACAGCAACUGGGCUUCCAGACAGACUUCACAGUCUACCUGCAGAUCAGACAGACCUGGCUGGCCUUCAUGAUCAUCCUGGCCAUUGUUGAGGUCAUCAUCAUCCUACUUCUCAUCUUCCUGAGGAAGAGGAUCUGCAUUGCCAUUGCUCUCAUCAAAGAAGCCAGCAGAGCCAUUGGGCAUGUGAUGUCCUCUCUUUUCUACCCACUGUUCACUUUCGUCCUCCUUGCCAUGGUCAUCGCCUACUGGGCAGUUACUGCUGUCUUCUUGUCUACCUCAAAUGAACCCAUCUACAAAGUUUUCAAUGAGACGGAAUGCGAACACUCAAGAGCAACCUGUGAGCCAGCUAACUACACGUCCAGUCUGAUGAAAAAGCAGUGCCCUGACUCCGAGUGCCUUUUUGCCUUCUACGGCGGAGAGACCGUUUACCACAAAUACCUGAUCGGCCUGCAGUUCUACAACGUCUUCCUCUUUUUCUGGUGUGCCAACUUCGUCACGGCUCUGGGACAGAUGACCCUGGCCGGGGCCUUCGCCUCGUACUACUGGGCCUUCGUCAAACCCGAUGACAUGCCUGCCUUCCCAGUGUUUUCUUCCCUUGGGAGAUCUCUCAGGUACCAUACAGGAACUCUGGCUUUCGGCUCCCUCAUCCUCUCAAUCGUUCAGAUCAUCAGAGUUUUGCUGGAGUAUCUGGACCACAAGCUACAAGGAGCCCAAAAUAAGUGUACCAAGUUCCUGUUGUGCUGUCUGAAGUGCUGCUUCUGGUGUCUGGAGAAAUUUAUCAAGUUCCUAAACAGAAAUGCCUACAUUAUGGUGGCGAUUUAUGGCAAAAACUUUUGCACCUCUGCCAGAGAUGCCUUCUUCCUCCUCAUGAGGAACAUGAUCAGGGUGGCUGUCCUGGACAAAGUGACAGAUUUCCUCUUGUUUUUGGGGAAACUGCUCAUUGUUGGGCUCGUGGGGAUCUUUGCCUUUUUCUUCUUCUCUGGGAGAGUGAAGGCCUUUGAGAAUACAGCUCCCAAUCUCCACUACUACUGGGUACCCAUCAUUACUUUGGUGGUUGGCUCCUACCUCAUUGCCCAUGGAUUCUUCAGUGUGUACGCCAUGUGUGUGGACACUCUUUUCCUCUGUUUCUUGGAGGAUCUUGAGAGGAACGAUGGCAGUGCAGAGAGGCCCUACCUGAUGCCUGAGAGCCUCCGCAAAGUCCUGAAUAAGAAGAACAAGACCGAGCCGGCUGAGUAAAGCACCUCCUUUAACAGUGCAAGCCCAAGUGAGGCAAGACUGGGCUGAAGUUGACUGCGGUUUUGCUCAGUGGAAACCGUCUCGGGCAAGAACCUAAGGCCAUCAGUGAACAGGAGCCUGCAGGUGACAAUCAGUAGUGUCAUCCAUUGUGUUUUGUUACUGCCAAAUGUCUCAUUCCCACACCUAUGUCUUAUGAAUCAGACAUUUUAGCUUUGUGGAUUUUAGACAUUUGGAAACUAAUUUCUAUUUUGAAAGCAGUUAAUAUCCAAACACGUUUUUUAGUAUGUUGUACAUUUUUAUUAGAGAUGUAGCUUAUUUUGAGCAUGUUUUUAAUAUUUGAGCGUUUCAUGAAGGUAAUCUUAAAUGUAAUCUAUUAUGCUUUGCGCUUUUAUCCCUGUAGUUUUUUUUUCUUUUUUCUUUUUGAAUGUGUAAUCUGUAUUAUUUGGAUAAAUAUUUAACCUUGUUGUUACCAAAGACAUUACACUGCCACUCAUACAAAGAGGUCUUAUCUGCAUGUAUUGGUCCUGUGGGGCAACUUUAGCAAGCGGUUGGAGAGAAUUAUACAAAAGCAAACUUUAUAUUGUAACUGAUGUAUAGGGUUAUACUUCGGUGCUUAUUUUAUGUCUGUGGAAUUUAAUUGAGAAGGUUUUUGAAAUAAAACAUAGUUUUGUACAUAA